GUCCGUAAACGCAGCAUAUAACUGUCAUGGCGUCUCCCUGAAGAGGGUUUGUCCCCCGAAGAAGUAGCCACGGUAAUUGUCAGUUUAUUCGUCAUUAAGGGAAGGGAACCUAGCGGUUCCAAGACCUCGGGACAGUUCUCACCAUGGGGGCGGUCCAUGCUAAGAGUCUGGAUACCCUCCCGAUGCAAGGCCGUGACCUGGACAUCCACCCUGACACCUUAGUUGAGACUCCAGAAAGGAUGGGGGAGGCAAAGCAGGAGAUCCUUGAGAACAAAGACGUGGUUGUGCAACACGUCAACAUUCAGGGUCUUGGACGAACAAAAGAAGAUCUGCUUGGCUACGAGAUCUCCGACGUCUUCCUGGCCAAAAACCUCAUUGAUGUGAUGAAAAGAGCACAUGUCGCGAGACAGAAACUGCUGCGCCUAGGAAUUUUCAAAGAUGUGGAGGUUCUUAUCGAUACAUCUGAAGGCACCGACGCUCUGCCGAAUGGACUUGAUGUAACAUUUGAAGUGACUGAGAUAAGGAGGCUUACAGGAAGCUACAAAACUAUGGUUGGAAACAAUGAAGGAAGCAUGGUGCUGGGUGUUAAACUACCCAACACGCUUGGUCGUGCGGAGAAACUUACCUUCCAGUUUUCAUACGGUACUAAGGAGACUGCGUAUGGGCUGUCUUUCUUCAAGCCCCAACCUGGAAAGUUUGAGCGCAACCUAAUUCUCAACAUGUACAAAGUCAGCGGUCAGUUCCCAUGGAGCUCCUUGAAGGAGACGGACAGAGGAGUGUCAGCAGAAGUCAAUUUUCCUAUUGGAAUCACCAACCACACGUUGAAGUGGGAGGGGAUGUGGAGGGAGCUGGGCUGCCUCGCCCGCAGUGCUUCUUUUGCUGUUCGAGAACAGAGUGGACACUCCCUGAAAUCCGCUCUAUCGCAUACUUUCUCAGUUGAUUCAAGAAACUCAGCCAUUUUUCCCAGCAGUGGUGGAUUACUCCGGCUCAACCAGGAGCUGGCUGGCUACACAGGAGGAGACGCCAACUUUCUAAAAGAAGAUUUUGAGCUGCAGUUAAACAGACACCUCUUCUGGGACACAGUCAUAUCUGCUUCUCUGUGGGGGGGCGUCCUGUACCCUAUUGGAGAGCAACCGUCCUGCAUUGCUGACAGGUUCUACCUCGGGGGCCCCACCAGUGUCCGAGGGUUUGGGAUGUACAGUAUUGGACCACAAUGUCAAGGUGAUUACUUGGGUGGAGAGGCGUACUGGGCAGGUGGGCUGCAUCUCUACACCCCUCUGCCUUUUCGAACAAGGAAGGGAGGAUUUGGAGACCUGUUCAGGACCCACUUCUUCCUAAAUGCUGGCAACCUUUGUAACCUCAACUAUGGUGAUGGUCCCCAGAGUCACCUUAAGAAGCUAGCUGAGUGUAUUCGCUGGUCGUAUGGAGCAGGGAUUGUACUACGAUUAGGAAACAUCGCCAGAAUGGAGCUCAAUUACUGUGUGCCUAUGGGAGUUCAGAGUGGAGACAGAAUAUGUGAUGGUUUCCAAUUUGGAGCAGGAAUUCGCUUCCUGUAACCUCCUGACUGUGCUGAUGUCUUCAACCGAUGACAUUAUCUAUUGGAAAGAUUAAAAAAAAUGUCUGGAUGUUUUGUCAAGUGUAGAAUCUGUAACACUAUCAUGGUUUCUCAGUCCGUGGGAAAUGUGCCUGAGUCCCUGCUUCCCUUCUCUGAUCAGAACUUUAUCCACCGUAACAUUUUCAUUGAUGCGUCAAACAAUCAGUGAAUCUGUACGCUCAUCAAAGAUUUCAACCAACAUUUUUUCGUUCACAUUUGUACUACACAACCGUGUCACUGAGUUACAUACACUCGUCUUUCAGGAAACAGAAUAUCACAAUAUCAGAAUAUCAUCUCCUGGACUGGUACAGUGGCAAUGAAAAGUGAUGCCUAAUAAUUUCCAUGAAUAAUAUUUUUCACUUACCUCAAGAAAGAAUGAUUAAAAGAUUCUGCUCACGUU